AUGUCGUCGUUGGAUCACGGCCUUCUUCGCCACCCCUCGCUCCUGCUGGCCUGUCUAGCAUGGCUUCUGUUGAAGAAGGGCUCUGCGCAACUCGUGGGUUGCGAUGUUCUCGGAUGCCAGGCUGACGGUUGCACUGUGGGCAACACUACCAACUCAUUUAUCGGCACCACGUCCUUCAACACCUCCGUCUCGCCUCAUGCGCCCCUUACCUGGACCGUGGGCGCAUCGUCCCAGCAGAGCUCCGGCAAUUCGCCCCAGACGCAGUUCGUCAAGAAUUUCUACCUCGGGUAUCCACCAUCGUUAGACCUUGCCGGCGCCUCGGAUUUCAUGGGAUGUGCACUGUUCUUUGAAGGCAUCGCCAAGAGCAUCACACUCAACGGCACCAGCGAAUACACCUCUGUCACUUGCGGCCAGACACUCGGAGAUGGUUGUGUACACGACCUUGUGUCGCAGGCUCAACAACAGGUCCAGACGCUCCGCGACGCCAGCGAAAUCACCGGUCCUCAUGCGACGCUUAGCCCUAUCAAGCAAACAAGCUGCCAUCCCUCCACUGGCGGCGCCGGCUAUGAUGUUGCUCUGAUUGAGACGCAAAGAGUGACAUCGGAGGAAGUGUCGAGCGACAACGCCCCAUUUUUCUUCAGCUUGACCCCGGUUUUAACCGUCUUCUACAAUCCCUCUGGCGCGGACUCGAAGACUUCAGGCUUGCCUGAGGCAUCUCUUUCUUGCCUCAAGGUGGUCGAGGAUUCCUCUUCACCCAGCCAGUCUGCGACAAACGCUGCUGUCGUGCCACUACCUGGCGCAGCUCAUCUAGUGGCGACAUUGAUGUUUGCUGUCAGCGUCAUCGCGUUCCUCUGA